GCGAUGGGCUUUUCACAGAAUUUUUAAAUUUACCAGAAGUCUGGUUAGAUUUUACAUGACUGUAUGUUUAUAGAUUAGCUCAGUCCAUUUCUGAGUUUUAUCCCAAGCAGAGCACUCUUAAACCUAGUGAUGAACCUUCCAUGUUCGCAAAAUAAACACACACGAACAGACAAAUAAUUAUGUCCUACUCGCCCAUUUAUAAAAAGUCAAGGCCCCAGGAUAUGCACCUUAUCAGUCAACUAAAGGACCCCAUAAACUUCAUCAGUGCUCGUGAUGAGAGUGCAAGAAUGCUGUCUGAAGUCAGCCCAGUCUUGGAGGAGAUUAAUGGCACAAUUUCAAAAUUGAGAAAAUCAUUUAAGAAUCAAGAGAAGGUGCUUGAAACCCUGUGUCAAAAAUAUAAAUUGGGUUCUGAAAAACAGCCAUCAUUUGAUGGUUCAGAAUUGAAAUUAGCAAAUGAUGUGGACAUAAAAGAUCUUCCUGAGCCAAAUGUACAAUCAGUGGAGAUGUCAUAUGACGUACCAUCAUCAGUUAAAAAGAGUAGCGGUGUAUCACAUGAUUGUAGCAAGGAGUGCUGGGUGUAUGGGACUGAGUACAAGAGCUGGCAAUUGUACAGUCCUCUUGACAUCCCACUGAAGCUUGGGUGGAAGAGGUACAUGAUUACCAGUAGUCUUCUAUCUCCGGAUGUCUACUAUGUUGCUCCAUGUGGCAAGGAAAUGAGGUCUAUAGAGGACAUCAACAUAUUCUUGAGAAGUACAGGAGUUAGUUGUGUCAGCAUCUCUCAGUUCACCUUUGAUCUCAAUUGUCAGCUGGAGACCAAGGUGUUUGAUCAAGCACUAUGCGUUGAUGACAUUUCGGUUGGUAAAGAAAGAAGACCCAUCUCAUGUGUGAACACAGUUAAUGAAGACAGACCGGAGGAGUUCGAGUACACAGCCAGCCGUACCAGUCAAUCUGAUUUGAACCUUUGUACUGAUCCUGAGUUGCGAGUGUGCUGCAGCUGUACUGAUGGGUGCCGGAACCGUUCCAAGUGUGAGUGCUGGCAGCUUACGCUCCAGGAAGCAAAGAUGAUCCACAGUAAACAAUCGGUGGGAUAUGUGAAUCAUCAACUAAGGAGGCAUCAACACUCAGCAAUUUAUGAAUGCAACCCAAGCUGCCAUUGUGACCUCCAGUACUGCGCCAACCGCGUGGUUCAACACGGUAUACAGUUUCGGCUCCAGGUGUUCUGCUCCCCUGUAAAGCAGCUGGCGUGGGGAUUGAGAACUUUGGAUGACAUCCCUCAGGGCUCGUUUGUGUGUACCUAUAUCGGGCAUAUUUACACGGAGAAGGAGUCCGACAAGCAAGCUCAACUCCAUGGGGAUGAAUACUUUGCAGAGUUGGAUUACAUAGAGAUAAUGCAGCAUCAACUAAACAUAAACAAUUGUACCACUCCGUCACCUUGUUCGACCCUCUCUAGUACCAAUACCCCUCCACCACUGUUGUCACUUACGUCCUCUGCCUGCUCAGUCAUUGACAAUUGCUCACUCACCUCCAGUCCUCUGAGCUCUCUUAUUGUUAUAUCCAGUGAACCUGACAGUUCGGAUGACUCUGACAUGAACUCGAGCCACUCUAAAUCACCCCGUUCCCCAAGCUGUUACAUUACCUCUGUUACCUCACCACCUCUUGACAGUAUAUCUCUUGCUGUCACUGACACGCUUCCUAACUCUACUACACUUAGUAUGCUCACAAACAAAGAUACAAGCCAAAAUCUGAUAGAUUCCUCAAGCGUGCUGUCAAGUAAAUCCUCAAUUGCAGUAUUACAACAUCCGGAUGUUUCUCAAGCAAGACUGCAGUCUCAUACACUGGAUAGCAGGUCGUCUUCUUCUCCCCCAGAAGAAGCAAUGUGCUCCACUCCAAGCCCAUUGCCGAGCCCGUUGCCGUUGCAGUGCAGAAUGGAUCGACUCGUGAGAAAAAACAAUGGAUGUUAUAUCAUGGAUGCAAAGAAGAAAGGGAAUCUCGGCCGAUUUAUCAAUCACAGCUGUUCUCCCAACCUCUUCGUGCAAAAUGUGUUCAUCGACAGUCAAGAUUCUCGCUUUCCUUGGGUUGCUCUGUUUGCCAGCCGGCGUAUCAAGGCUCUUGAGGAGCUGACAUGGGACUAUAGCUAUGAUGUGGGAUCAGUGCCUGGGAGGAACAUAGAUUGUCUCUGUGGGUCUGCUGUGUGUAGAGGCAGACUAUUGUGACUGUUGAUAGUUUAGUUGCCAAUUAUUAUUCAUGUCCUAGCUCUAAAACUGAUUUUUGCGAUGUGAUGUGAUAGCUUAUGUGAACUACUUACAAUAAUAAUUAUUAUGUGUAGCUAAACAGUUAUAUUGGUGUAAUAAUAAAAUUAUUGAUAAUUCCGCUGUACUAUGAUGUGGCCCAUACAGUACAGUAUUAUACGUACUCCUGAGCAUAUAAUUAUUGUAUCAAUAAUUAUAUAUAAUAAUUAUACAAUAGCUUUAUACGCCCUUGAUUGAUAGCACCUAUAUAUCUUCCAAUUAAGUUAUAUCUGCGUAUAUACGUUACUAUACAUAUAUAAUCUUAUAUUCCUAUAAUAUAUAGAAAAGUAUUUUAAUAAUAAUUAUAUUCCAUAAUUAUAAUUAAUUUUUAUUAAUAAUACUGAAUGUAUAAUUAUACACAGUUCAACAAAGGUUUUAUAGUAUACGAACAAAUUGAGUUUGUGGCAGUACAGGGUGUAAAAUUAUAGUCCUUCUCUACUUGUUAGUAAGCCACUGAAGAGUUUUCUGCACAAGGAAUACGGUGCACACACCCAGAGCCGUCUUGGCCUGUUCGGGACUCACUCGAUCCUGGCAUUGUGUACAAUGCUUCUGACUGGCACGCCGGGCAAAGUAAGAGCUGUGUGGGAAGGGAGGGUAACAGUCAUGGAUCAAAUAACUAUCACGUACAGUUACACACGUAGAAAAUGAUGUACAUAAUUAUAAUGUAUGUGUUGAUGAGGCAGUAUAAUUUUAAUGAAUGUGCUGUGUAAAAUCAAUGUACGUGUGCACAAAGCAGCUAGCGCUGACUACUCCUGAUCCACAAGUAAUUAUGAACACUAGAUCUUACCUGGGGUAUAUGAAUUUACUGAGGGUAAUUUGGCUACCAGCUGAACUACUUGAGGUAGUUUGUUGUCGUGGUUGUACACCGGUUGUUCCUAUAGUUGGACCUCCGUGCUUGUAACACAUCUUACUCAGGUGGACAGAGACUGUUCAAAUUUGAUAACUUUCUUAUGUUGAUAUCUGUUAAUGGAGGAAGAAGAGGCUCCUAACACUGUAGGCCGUCCUCAAGCUGUCCUCAAAACGUAAAGAUGAAGUUUGUUGAAACUUGGCUUGUUUACUCAAGUAUUACGAAA